GACACGGCUAUGCCGAGAGAUCUCUCCACACGCCGAGCCAGAUUCAGUUUUUGCUAAGUAAAUUUUGGGAUUCUUCUCCUCACGAAUUUUUGUUUUUUAGUUAUACGUAAAUUUUCUUUUUUAAUAAUCUUUCCUCUUCACUCGACUUUUAAAAAGGCAUCCGCGCCAGAGCUAAUUUUAAUCAUUUCAUCUCCUUUAUCAAAUAUCAUCCCUUCUUCUUCACAGUCUCCAAAACCCUAGUUUUUUUUUUGCCUUCUUCGCAAUAACUUUCGGAAGUAUAGAGAGAGAGAGAGAGAGAGGUAGAAGAUGCCGAGGGAGAUUAUUACGCUGCAAGUGGGACAAUGUGGGAACCAGAUCGGGAUGGAGUUCUGGAAACAGCUUUGCCUCGAGCACGGUAUCAGCAAAGAUGGUAUUCUCGAGGACUUCGCUACUCAGGGAGGUGAUAGAAAAGAUGUGUUUUUUUACCAAGCGGAUGACCAGCACUAUAUUCCACGAGCUCUUCUGAUUGAUUUGGAGCCCAGAGUUAUCAAUGGCAUUCAGAAUGGGGAAUAUCGGAAUCUUUAUAAUCAUGAGAACAUCUUCGUUUCCGACCAUGGUGGUGGUGCUGGAAAUAACUGGGCCAGUGGAUAUCACCAGGGGAAGGGUGUUGAAGAGGAAAUUAUGGACAUGAUUGAUCGAGAAGCUGAUGGAAGUGACAGCCUUGAGGGAUUUGUUCUUUGCCACUCUAUUGCUGGAGGAACUGGCUCAGGUAUGGGCUCUUAUUUAUUGGAGACUUUGAAUGAUCGCUAUAGCAAGAAGUUGGUUCAGACGUACAGUGUAUUCCCCAAUCAGAUGGAAACAAGUGAUGUUGUUGUCCAGCCGUACAACUCACUCUUGACACUGAAGCGGCUUACCUUAAAUGCUGAUUGUGUUGUUGUCCUUGACAACACUGCAUUGAAUAGAAUUGCUGUUGAGCGUCUACAUCUUACGAAUCCUACCUUUGCUCAAACGAAUUCGUUAGUGUCAACUGUGAUGUCUGCUAGCACUACCACAUUGCGUUAUCCAGGAUACAUGAAUAAUGACUUGGUCGGCUUGCUUGCAUCUUUGAUCCCAACACCGAGGUGUCACUUCCUCAUGACAGGAUAUACUCCGUUGACUGUCGAGCGCCAGGCAAAUGUCAUUCGUAAAACUACCGUGCUGGAUGUUAUGAGAAGGCUUCUACAGACAAAAAAUAUCAUGGUGUCGUCUUAUGCUAGAAAUAAAGAAGCUAGUCAGGCAAAGUACAUAUCAAUAUUGAAUAUAAUUCAAGGAGAAGUCGAUCCCACUCAGGUGCAUGAGAGUUUGCAGAGGAUACGAGAAAGAAAGCUUGUUAACUUCAUUGAGUGGGGACCUGCAAGCAUACAGGUUGCACUUUCCAAGAAGUCCCCAUAUGUUCAAACUGCCCAUAGGGUCAGUGGUCUAAUGUUAGCAAGCCACACUAGUAUCAGGCACCUUUUCAGCAAAUGUUUGAGCCAGUAUGAGAAACUGAGGAAGAAGCAAGCUUUUCUUGACAAUUACCGAAAGUUUCCCAUGUUUGCUGACAAUGAUCUUUCAGAGUUUGAUGAAUCAAGGGACAUAAUUGAGAGUUUGGUAGAUGAGUACAAGGCCUGUGAAUCUCCAGAUUACAUCAAAUGGGGAAUGGAGGACCCUGAACAGCUUCUAACUGGUGAAGGCAAUGCUUCAGGAGUUGUGGAUCCUAAGUUGGCGUUCUGAAUAUCCAGAGUAUUCGUGAUGUUUCACUAUGAUUGUAUUAUUUCAGAUGAUCCCUAGAGUUUUUUGGUUUUUUUUUUACUAAUGGUCAGGAUAGUUUCGGCUAUGGUUUGUAGAUAUUUAUGAUAUAUCUCCAUUAGAAUCCAUAAGAUGUGACAAAAUAAAAUUUUAACAUGA